AACACAGACUUUCAUUAACACAUUCCCCUCACACAACUUCAAAAUUUCCGGUUCACAGUUCUCAGCUCCCAGUUUUCCGUAUUUUUCAAGUUCAUCUCCAUAAAGUAUUAGAAUGUGCGGUGGCUGGGCCUGUGCUUCGUAUGCGAUUGCCUGCAAUCAUCAUCGCCUCUCGCCGAUGCGAUUCACGGGUCGCUGUUUCGCCCCCACUCCCUGUGGACCCUAUGACAGCUGUUCGCCCUGUUGUGGCGGCGGUUGCUGUGGCGGUGGCUGCCCUGGUGGCUGUGGUUAUUAAAGAACACACUGUUGCACCUCGAGUUGGCCAUGAGUUUGUGGCAAACAUUUUAAAUUGAAGCACUAGAAAAAACUAUUUCAAAUGCUCGCAGUCUAAAUUUUACUUUAUUCCAGACCACAUCAUUUUACAGCCACGAUGUGCGGUGGGUGGGCGUGUGCCUCCUUUGAAUUGGCCUGCAACAAUCCUCCACUGUCGACGCUGCGUUACUCGGGCAGAGAUUUUAUUCCGACUCCAUGUGGACCACAGGACAAGUGCUUUGUCAAGGACACCAGCUGCAGU